GAGCGCGGUGCACUGUGGGCCGGUGGUGGGAUGUCGGGCUGCGCGGCUCGGCGGUACGUGGCGGCGGCUCUCAGCCGGUACCGGGCCCGGGGACCGCCGCGCUGGGAACAGCCCCCGGCCCGCGGGCUGCGGCCCCUGGGUGCGGGGUGUGCCGCGGCCCUCCCGCUGCUGCUGCCGCCGCGGAGGAACCUCUCGUCACGAAACCGUCCCGAGGGCAAAGUGCUGGAGACAGUGGGGGUGUUUGAGGCACCAAAGCAGCACGGCAAAUAUGAGACGGGUCAGCUGUUUCUUCACAGUGUGUUUGGCUAUCGAGGCAUAGUCCUGUUUCCCUGGCAAGCCAGGCUUUAUGAUCGAGAUGUGGCUUCUCCUGUGACAGAAAAGAGUGAGAAUGCUGCAGGCCAUGGUUCCAAAGAGGUCAAGGGCAAGACACAUACUUACUAUCAGGUGUUAAUAGAUGCCCGGGAUUGUCCACAUAUAUCACAGAGAUCACAGACGGAAGCGGUGACAUUCCUGGCAAAUCAUGAUGACAGCAGAGCCCUCUAUGCCAUACCAGGUUUAGACUACGUAAGCCAUGAAGAUAUCCUCCCCUACAGCUCCACUGAUCAAGUGCCCAUCCAGCAUGAGCUCUUUGAGAGGUUUCUCUUGUACGACCAAACAAAAGUUCCACCUUUUGUAGCAAGGGACACACUAUGUGCAUGGCAGGAGAAGAACCACCCCUGGCUGGAGCUCUCUGACGUGCACCGAGAAACCACGGAAAACAUCCGUGUCACAGUCAUCCCUUUCUACAUGGGCAUGAGGGAAGCCCAGAAUUCCCAUGUCUACUGGUGGCGCUACUGUAUUCGCCUGGAGAACCUUGACAGUGAAGUGGUGCAGCUCCGAGAGAGGCACUGGAGGAUAUUCAGCUUGUCUGGCACCUUGGAAACAGUCCGGGGCCGUGGCGUUGUAGGAAGGGAGCCAGUUUUAUCCAAAGAACAGCCGGCAUUUCAGUACAGCAGUCACGUCUCCCUGCAGGCUUCCAGUGGUCACAUGUGGGGUACUUUUCGAUUUGAGAGACCUGAUGGCUCCCACUUUGAUGUCCGAAUCCCACCCUUUUCUCUGGAAAGCAACAAAGAUGAGAAGACCCCCCCCUCCGGCCUUCACUGGUAGAGCAGACCGAGUGCUGAGACCCACAGAGACCUUUGUGUGUUGUAGACCUUUGCCUCCCCAUUAUGCUGCAGCCAAGAACAUGGAGCUUUUAAACAUUUUAAACCAUUUUUUGUUUUAACUGUUGUCUAACGGGGAGGCUUUUUUGAACUUCAGUACUGGCUCUCUCAGGCUGCUUGUAAACAUUAGCUGUGUUACAGUUAACUUUUCCCUCCCUGGCACCUGCUGGGGUUGGAGAUGGGGGCUGUAGAUCUGUGCCGUGGCAGCAGACUGGCCCCCUCAGCAGGCCUGGACCCUUUCCAAUGUGUUGUGAAUUCUCUGCAAUGUGAGGUUUCUCUAAUAAACUGGCCCUUCCAGUUGCAA